UGGGAGCAAUCAAAUUUAACCAUUGAACCAUUGAGUUGGCAUUGAAGUUUUGCUUCGAUCCAGUUGAUUUUCAGUUUCUUAUCUCUUACAAAUUGUAAUUUGGGGAUCAAAAUUUGAUCAAACAGAGCUGGAUGACCCUGGGAGAGAGAAAACACUCUGCUGCUGAGUUUUAAAGACUCAAAGAGCAACUUGAUUUCUUAACCAAUGAGGCAGAAACACUGAUCAUUGUGUCCUCACUAUAAAAUUGAGACUCAAAGCACCUGUGUGCAUCUCCAACAGAAGAGGUCAAACAGAUAAAUUCCCAAAGCUCACGAUCAUGACAGAUGAAUUUCUGUGGAUAGAAGGGAUACCAUUCCCUACAGUUUACUACUCACAAGAAAUCAUAAGAGAAGUACGUGACAGGUUUGUGGUAAGGGAUGAAGACACGAUCAUAGUGACUUAUCCAAAAUCAGGAACCCACUGGUUGAAUGAAAUUGUCUGCUUGAUUCUGACCAAGGGAGAUCCCACAUGGGUCCAAUCUACAAUUGCCAAUGAGCGCACACCAUGGAUAGAAUUUGAAAAUAACUAUAGAAUACUAAACAGCAAGGAGGGUCCACGUCUCAUGGCCUCUCUCCUUCCCAUCCAACUAUUUCCAAAGUCUUUCUUCAGUUCUAAGGCAAAGGUGAUUUAUCUCAUCAGAAAUCCCAGAGAUGUUCUUGUGUCAGGCUAUCACUACUUCAAUGCUCUAAAACAGGGAAAGGAACAAGUGCCAUGGAAAAUAUAUUUUGAGAACUUUUUGCAAGGAAAAUCAUAUUUUGGAUCAUGGUUCGAACAUGCAUGUGGCUGGAUAUCCCUGAGGAAAAGAGAAAACAUUCUAGUGUUAAGUUAUGAACAGCUGAAAAAGGAUACAAGAAAUACCAUCAAGAAGAUCUGUGAAUUCCUGGGAGAGAAUUUGGAAUCAGGGGAACUGGAGUUAGUUUUGAAGAACAUUUCUUUUCAGAUCAUGAAAGAAAGGAUGAUAUCUCAGUCAUGUCUCUCAAAUAUAGAAAAACAUGAAUUCAUUAUGAGAAAAGGCAUCACAGGGGACUGGAAGAAUCACUUUACAGUAGCCCAGGCUGAAGCCUUUGAUAAAGCAUUUCAGGAGAAAGCAGCUGAUUUUCCUCAAGAGCUCUUUUCAUGGGAAUAAUCAACACUGUGGAUCUUAUUGGAAUACUCUCUAUGAUUUGUUUUCCUUGUACUUGUUUUUGAUUUAAGGAUGUGGCAUAUAAAUUGCUAAUUAAUCUCACAUACUGUAGUAAUCAAGUAUUGUGCUAGAGAAGUGACUCCAAGGAUAAAGAAUCUUGUUAACGACCAUGAGGAUCUGAGUUCAAUCCUGGCACCAACAUAGUUGAAGGAAAGAAGUAGUUCCUGAAAUUAUUCUUAGACUUCCACAAAUGCACCAUGAUGGCUCCACCCAUAAAAUUUCUGUAAUUAAAAUAUUUCUUGAUGUCAAAUCCUUAAAUAAUGAAAUAAUUAUACAAAUUUGAUUUCUGAGUGUUUCAGACAUUUUAAAGAAAAGUAAAAUUCAGAAACAAUCAUAACUCUGCUCUUGGACCACUUCUGUACACCUCUAUGUCUGGCCCUGUGGGUCACAGGUGACUUUCAAAUCUUAGUAAGGAUUUUCCUAAAAUAUGACCAGCUGUUGAAAAUCCAGGUCAUGAGCCUACUCAGUUUUUAUGGUUCUCUACUUAUGGAAGUAGAAAUUUGUACAGUUUGAUAAGAAAGAGAUUCAGCUGUUUUUGAUGUUUCUUAACUUCUCCCACCCCUUUCCAGGGAAGCUUCAUGCCUGGACAAGCCAUGAAGCAGUAGAGUGCUCCUCAUACCUUUGAAGUAGAAAAGAUGCCUGCCUGUUUGUGUAACAGGCUGGGGAAGAUUCCAAUACAGAGCUAAUCAGAUUGGCCUCAGAAAAAAUACUAACUUAUUCGUUUUGUUCCUGUCUUUCAGUGUAGAAGACUUCUGUAUUUUUUAAAAUACAAUUUUAUUUCUUUCAACGAAUUUAAAAAAAAACACCUUUGGAACAACAAGAACAACAAAAGUAUAAUUACUUCUUCUAUUGCUUGCAUUGAAGAAAUGCUUUAAAGUAUCAUCAUAUUUAAUAUUUCUCCAUCAUUUCACUUAUAAUCAAUAAUGUCGGUAAACAAAAAUUAAAAAAAAAACAAUCAUGA